AUGAAUGAGGAAAUUGUAACUUUAGAGGCAAAUCACACUUGGGAUUUGGUUACAUUGCCCUCAGAAAAGCAUGUCAUUGGUAGUAAAUGGGUUUAUAAAGUCAACUUACAAGCUGAUGGCACUCUUGAUCGGCACAAGACCCAAUUAGUUGCUCAAGGUUAUGCCCAAGAGUAUAUCAUCGAUUAUGAUGAAACUUUUGCUCCAGUUGCAAAGAUGACAACUAUUCAUACUUUUAUUGCACUCGCAUCUAUUCAUAACCAAAGUGCGAUUAAGAUUGCAGCUAAUCCAGUUUUUCAUGAGGGAACAAAGCAUAUUAAUGUAGAUUGUCAUUAUCUUUGUGAUCGCUAUCUUGAUGGUACAUUAUCUCUCCCUUAUGUUUCUUCUACUGCGUAA